AUGGUACGCUGUCACUGGGACAUUACCCAGCUAUGGCACCCGCUUGCUGACGACGGGUCGAACGCGUUCAAUCAGUGUUUCUUGCUCCACUGGCUUGAGGUGGUGGUGGUCGUGUGUGGCGUGUGGGCGCUUUACGACGGCUACCGCCUUGCUCAUCGUCAGCUCCACGGUCGGUUGGUGGCAAAGAAUUUGGGGCUAGUGUUCUACAUCCGUGUGGCGAUGGUGGUGGGCGUGGGAGUGCUUUGGUUUAAGCUUGUCCCGUCAGUGUCGUUAGUGAUACUAUUGGUGCUUACUCCCAUACAUAUUAUUGAACCGGUGGUGCUGGUGAUCCCUCGAGACGUUUUGUUAGUGUUUUGGCCGCUGAUAACGGUGUUGGAGACGGCAAUGGCCUACCAGCAGCUCACUCACUUACCGCUAUUUAAUGACGUUUAUCCGCGGUAUAUGUUUGGCCUCGUGGUGGCGUCAAUGCUUAUCUUCUCAUUAGAGUACUACUGGUGGCGGCCGCUGUCUCAGCUUGUGCUUGACUAUGCUAAUAACGAUGCGCUUCGACCAUUAUUGCAACUCCCUAAUUUGGUCGACCGUCUCACUUUUUGCUGGAUGAACCCGAUGAUCCUGGCGCUGUACAAACUGCAACUGCUUAACAAAGCCGAAUUACCUAAUUACUCGCCGGAAAGCCUUAGUUGUCGUGACACAGGUAGUCAGUUCCGUAAGCUUUUCCAGUCAGGCAAAAGCGAUUGGCAAUUUGUCGUGGUUCUUAUGAAAGCAUUUGGUAUCACUGCACUCAUUCUGUUCGCAUUUGAGCUUGUGUCAAAGCUCUUAAACUUUGUCCAGCCUCAAUUGCUUCGUUUACUCAUCGCCUUUUUCGAUGGUGGCCAUCCAUUUAUCUACGGGGUGCUCGUGUGCAUCGCAAUGUUUGCUCUUACCUUUUUCCAAACGUUUGUGUUUAAUGAGUACUUCAUGAAGAACCUCAAAUUAGGGCUAGACGUGCGGCUGGCUCUUACUGCCAAUAUCUACGAUAAGGCGUUGAAACUUGAUAAAAGUGAUGGUAAUGAAUUGCUGGCGCUGGGGGAUAUCAUCAAUUUGAUGCUGAUUGACGUCAACCGCCUUCAGAACUUCGUCAUGGACAUGCUGGCGUUGAUUCUUGCCCCCACCGAUAUCGCCCUUUGUGUGGCUCUGUUGUGGCCAUUAUUAGGCGGUACUGCUACCUUAGCAGGGGUGGGAACUCUCGCCGUGCUUGUUCCGUUUAACCUGGUGGUGGUGAAGUACACUCGGCUGCUCUCCAAGAAGCAAAUGAAGAUCAAAGACAAACGUACCAAGUUGAUUAACGACUUGCUUCUGAGUAUCAAACUGAUUAAGCUUUUCGCCUGGGAACAACCGCUGGGCGACGAGAUUGACGAAGUGCGUAAUCAGGAAGAAUUAGCUAACUUGCGUCAUAUCCGUUUAGUAUGGCAAGGGGUGUCGUUUAUCUGGAAUUUGAUCCCUUUCCUCGUGCUGUUUGUGCUGUUUGCCACCUUCACCUACGUUGAAAAGCAGCCUCUCACACCGGAUAUCGUGUUCCCAUCGUUGGUGCUUUUCAACUUACUUAGCUCGCCGCUUUUGCAAAUCCCUGGAGUCCUCACUGCUGCUGUUGAAGCCGCGGUGACAGUACAACGUCUCAAUAAGUUUUUCUCCCAAAGAGAGACGUCGACGGCAGUAUCUGAACUGGGAACUAAGCAGGUGGCAGUACUGAUCAAUAACGGCACUUUCGGUUGGUCGAGAGAAAAGCCCGUAUUGUUUGAUAUCAAUUUUGCAACCACUUCCGGCUCCCUCCACUGUAUUGUGGGUCGAGUUGGCCUGGGAAAACUGUCACUUUUGCUGGCAAUCUUGGGGCUUAUGGAUGCUUCCCCCGAACUGAAGGUGAGAGUGUAUGGCAAAAUUGCUUAUUGCGCUCAGCUGCCAUGGAUCAUGAACGCUCUGGUCAAAGAGAAUAUUUUGUUUGGCCACCGAUUUGAUGAAGACUACUAUAGACUGGUUCUUAGAGCGUGUCAACUUGAACCUGAUUUAGUCCAUUUACCCGAUGGCGACGCUACUCAGGUCGGUGAAAAAGGGGUGCUGUUGCUGGGUGGUCAAAAGGCUCGGCUUGCGCUUGCCCGAGCCGUCUAUGCCUGUGCUGAUGUCUACUUAUUGGACGAUGUAUUGCUGGCAGUCGAUAGCCAUGUUGGCAAACGGAUCAUCGACGAAGUCGUCAUGGGCUUGCUUAAAGGGAGAACAAUUAUCAUGGCCACCAAUGCUCUUCUGGUCUUGCCCUAUGCUGAUAAAGUAAGUCUCCUCGACAAUGGUAAAUUAGUGGAAACGAGGGCCCGCGACCUGAGCUCGCUGGAUACUCCGUUGAUUAGCCAGCUUGUCGGCGAGUACCUGUCGCCCCCUCCACCCAGUCUGAGCCUGACACUUACGCCGUCGCUGCCAGGACUGCCUGAUCUGAAUAAGAUCCAAGUACUGAGACGAGCUCUGGUGGAACUGUUCCGAUGGGACCCGUUAGCUCGUCUCAUUUCUACUACUGACGUGCCACUGGUGGAGAAAAGUGCUAAGGGCAAAGUGAAGUGGGGGGUGUACAUGGCCUAUGCCCGUGCCUGUGGUUUCACCGGAACCAUUGUAUGGUUCAUUAUCGUGGUGGGAGCUCAGAUCCUUUCCGUGGCCCUGAAUUAUUGGCUUAAAGAUUGGACUGACCGUAACCAAAGACAAGGUAACAACGGUAAUAUCGUCCACUUCCUCGCCGGUUACGCUGCCCUUGGCGUGGGGCUGGUGGUGCUGCAACUUGCGCUGCUGGUGCUUGCCCAAGUGGGGCUUUUCAUCCGGGCUCUGCGUACGAUCCACCACGAUAUGAUGCAAGGGGUGUUAUACCUGCCGAUGCAGUUCUUUGAGCUGAAUCCCAUAGGCAGAAUCAUGAACCGGUUCACCCUGGACGUGGGUAAGAUCGAUCUGGGGAUCCCGCAGACGAUGCUGGGAUUUAUUCGCCGGCUUGUGGUGACUGUGUUUACUCUCGGCGUGGUGGGGGUAGCGAUGCCCGCCUAUAUCAUCGCCAUUGUGGUAUUACUGGUAAUCUACUUAUACUACGAAGUCCAGUACGUGCUGCUGCUGCGUGAGCUUAAACGGCUAGUAUCGGUGCUGCGACUGCCCAUCUACGCCCAUCUUGGUGAGCUGCUUACCGGUAGAGAUACCAUUUGUGCCUACGGUCAGAUGGACCGCUUCCGCUUCAUCAACUACGCCAAUAUCGACUUCAACAUCAAAGCAGUAUACAUGCUUCGCCUGAUUAACCGUUGGCUCUACUUCCGCCUCCAAGUGAUUGGUCUGAUGGCGGUGCUUUGUGCUACGGGACUUGCCAUUGCCACGACCUUGACAGCUCACCCGUUGCUGCCGGCAAUGGCAGGGUUUGUCAUGACCUAUGCGCUUCAGGUGACCACUUCCUUAAAGCUUGUGGUGAGAAUGCUGGCUGAGGUCGAGACCAACGUGGUGGCAGUGGAACGGUGUUUGGAAUACGCACAAUUGCCGCUGGAGCCGAGAGACGGCGAGCAAGCACGUCUCACCUGGCCCGAGUCCGGUACGGUGGCGUUUGACCACUACCUGACUCGUUACCGCCCCGAGUUGGAUCUUGUUCUCCGCGACGUCACCCUCAAGAUUGGCGCCGGAGAGAAGAUUGGGGUUGUUGGCCGCACUGGUGCUGGUAAGUCUUCGCUUCUGCUUGCGAUUUUCCGUAUCUUAGAAGCUACCGGUGGGUCUAUCAGCAUUGACGACUCGUGUAUCGCUGACCUUCGCCUCGAUACGUUACGUCAUCGACUUGCCAUUAUCCCUCAGGAUUCCCAACUUGUGGCUGGCACUGUUCGUCACAAUCUUGAUCCCUUUGGCUACUACACUGAUGACGAGAUCUGGCGAGCUUUGGAACUUGCCCAUUUGAAACCAGUGGUAGAACAGCUUGAUGACAAGUUGUUGCACAUGGUCAGCGAAGGCGGCAACAAUUUCAGUCAUGGACAACGUCAGCUCAUCUCAUUGGCGCGGGUCAUUUUGAAGAUGAAGGCCAACACGCUGAAGAUUCUCGUGUUGGACGAAGCCACUGCCAGUGUCGACGUCGAAACAGAUCGCAUCAUUCAGCAGACGAUUCGCUCCCAGUUUGCUGACAAAACAAUCAUCACUAUUGCUCACCGGCUUGACACCGUUAUGGACAGUGAUAAGAUUUUGCUGUUGGAUCACGGCGAGGUGAAGGAGUUUGAUACUCCGAAAAACUUGCUUGAAAAGGGCGGGAUUUUCGCUGAGUUGUGUAAGCAAGGUGACUACGACAUCUCGUCGAACAACGACAGUACAUAA